GUGGCUUCUUCUAGACUGUUCUCCGCGACGGCCGCCAUUUUAAGGUUUGCGUUUGAAGAGGAAAGGUGAGAGAGGAACGACUCAUCUACGGUAGACUGCGGUAUUAAGGAUUUCCACCGUAUUACCAGUUUUUAUAUAAACAUUUAUACUUUUAUGAUUGUUUAAGAUGCGACAGAACAAGCGGUCUCGCUCCCCUUCUUGGGUUCGCGAUGUUUGCUGGGAUUAUCAGCACAGUUCUAGUCGCAAACGCCGAAAGCGAUCGCACAGCAGCGAGAGGGAGAACAGACAUCGUAAACACCAUCUCAUUAAAAUGACUGAUGGCCAUUACUUGGAGGUGAAGAUGUUGAACGACCAAAUGGACUGCAGAGAGAAGCGUAGGGCUCAUGAAUACAGUGCUUAUUCAUCUGGUUAUGAAAAUGGGCACCCAAAGGAUCAAGACUGGCAUCAUUAUAGUAAAUCAUCUGGUCGAAGUGGUAGAAGUGGGAAGAGUAGGCGAACCAGUAGGCAUAGGAGACAACACAGGAGACAAAGCCAUGACAGUCGUCGCUCACGCUCGAGGAGUCCACGCAGGAAAAGAUCCAGAAGUGUUGAGGAUGAUGAGGAGGGUCACCUGAUCUAUCACAGUGGAGACAUGCUAAGAGCAAGAUAUGAGAUUGUUUGCACUUUGGGAGAAGGAGCUUUUGGAAAAGUUGUAGAAUGCAUUGAUCAUAACAAAGGUGGUGCUCGUGUUGCACUGAAGAUUAUAAAAAAUGUUGAUCGGUAUAGGGACGCUGCCCGAUCUGAGGUUGAAGUAUUAGAAAAAAUAACAGCUUUGGACCCAGAGAGAAAACACUGCUGUGUAAGAAUGCUUGACUGGUUUGACUUUCACGGUCAUGUAUGCAUAGCAUUUGAGUUACUUGGAUUGAGCACCUAUGACUUCCUUAAGGAAAAUGGAUUUAUGCCUUUCCCUUUGGACCAGAUCAGAAUAAUGGCAUACCAGAUCAUCAAGUCUGUUAAUUUUUUGCACCAAAAUAAACUGACACAUACAGACUUGAAACCAGAAAAUAUCCUCUUUGUGAAUUCUGACUACAUAAUGGAAUACAAUGCUAAAAUGAAAAGGGAUGAGAGAACGCUGAGGAACCCUGAAAUUAAGAUAGUUGAUUUUGGCAAUGCAACUUAUGACCAUGAACAUCACAGUUCUGUGGUUUCAACGAGGCAUUACAGGGCUCCUGAGGUUAUUCUUGACCUGGGUUGGACGCAGUCCUGUGAUGUCUGGAGUCUUGGUUGCAUUUUAAUUGAAUAUUAUUUGGGUUUAACAUUGUUUCAGACCCAUGACAGCAAGGAGCAUCUUGCAAUGAUGGAGAGGGUGCUUGGUCCAAUUCCUAAGCAAAUGCUACAAAAAACCAAAAAGAGGAAAUAUGUUCACAAAGACCAGCUGGAUUGGGAUGAGCACAGCUCAGCGGGCAGAUAUGUUAGAAAACACUGCAGGCCAUUAAAGAAUUACAUGUCUUCUAAAAACCAUGAUCAUGACCAGCUCUUCAAUUUAAUUCGAAAAAUGUUGGAGUACGAUCCAGAGAAAAGAAUUACCCUUGCUGAUGCUCUUAAACAUCCGUUUUUUGAUCUCUUGAAGAGGCGAUGAUGUAGCUGUAUACAGGUUUUCCUAUUUAUUGCUCCAAUGGAGAUUAUAUAGACUGCAUCAGUCCUGUGUAGAAACACUGAGGGUAAUCACUGUUCAGGUUUGGGUAAAUUAUUUGUUUGCAUUAAAGUGUCUUCACUGUUGUAAAAAUGGAAUUUGUACUUGAAUACAUGUUUGAAUAAAGCAUUUAAGGUUGUUUAUUGCA